GUAUAAAUAUGUCUGGAGCUGAAGAUUUUAUAGCACCACCUCCUCUUGGACCAAAAUUAGCAAGUGGAAAAUGGAAAGUUCGCAUCAUAGAUGGUGAUGCAAGAAUUACAGAAGAACGAAUAUCUGGAAAAGAAGUGUGGAGCAUGCAAAACCGACGGGUUAUGGUUGAUUUCAAUACAAAAGGACAAGCUAUCAAGGAUUCUAGAGGUUUGUUUGGUUCGUGGCUAGGCUCACUAAGUAAUGAUCUUAAUCUACUACCUAUAAAUUACACAGAUUGGAGGAAAGUUUCUAACUACAGAAAAGAGAUGGCUUGGAAAGUAAUUCAGAAAAAAUUCUGGUUUGAUGACCCAACAAAGAGGAAGAAAUAUGUUCUAUCUACUCUAGGAUGUAGAUGUAGAGACUUGAAGCAACGUCUUUGGGAUGCUCAUAGACGAAACACGAUACAAGAAGCAUUUGAACCGCGGCCGGGUCUAGUUCCAGAAGACCAAUGGAGAGAGCUUGUGGAAAUGCAAUUCACUGAUAAGGCAAAAAAAAUGAGAGAGCGUAAUAUUAAGAGUCGAAGCAAACAUAAGAUGCCACAUGCACUUGGUAAAAAGAGUUUCGCUAGAAAGGCUCAUGAGAUGGAAGAGGAGACAGGCAUAGAACCAAGUCGAAGUGAACUUUUCAUUACAUCAUGUACUAGAUCAGAUGGAAGUUUUAUUUGUAACGAAGCAAGAAUCUCUGUGGAUAAGCUGAAACAAGUAAUGACCGAGAAUAUUCAAAGUAAAGCACAUGAUGCAUUUAAACAAGUAUUUGGUCCUGAGCAACCGGGAAGAGUUCGAUGUGUUGGGCGUGGUCCGACACCAUCCAAGUACUUCUCUAAUUCAGAAUGCAAUUCGUCUACUACUACCGAGAUGAUAUAUAUAAAGUCCAAAAUAAAAGGAUUAGCUGAUAAACUAGAUGUCGUGACUAAUGCUGUGUAUGCUCUUAUUGAGUCAAGAAAGCAAGUGCAUAUCCAAGCGAAUGCAAGAGAUGAGAACACAAAGCUUAAGACUAAUUUUCAUCAAUCAUCUAGUAUCAACAGUGAU